UGCAACCACGUAGCUGUUUGUACUUUGGUUGUUAUGUGUAAAUGACGUCGUAGGUUGGUAAAACUUUCCUUUUAUACAAGAAGCGUGGUGUGACUCGACGUUUUUCACGAAGUAUGGUGUAGUAUUCAACAUUUUUGUCGACGCUUCUGAAUACUCAUUUUCUGCACGUCAUACAAGCUUAAGUUAAUUAUAGACUUAACUGUUCUGAUAUUGAAUGUGACCACACUGAACCAAAUCACUCGGUUGAGAAAACUAUCAGCAAUACCUUAAACAUCUGAAGAUAGAAAAAAACUUAAAAAGUAAAUUACUGACAGUAUAUACUAGAUAUAUAUUAUUGUAAUACAAGACGUCUGUAGCUAUCGCUGAUCCACCGUCAUCCCAGGACCAGACAGUUCUUCGGUAAUGAUGAACUAACUUCAUGAACCACUUAAAUCAACGGAAUGUUUGUUCUAAAUUUUGUGUGGAAAACCCGUCGAAAGGACAAGGAUGCAGUAGCACCCUGUCAAGAAGAAUCUAAAUUAUAUUUGGAACCUGCAGUACUGGAAACAACAAUCCAGGAAACUCUAUUAAGGGAAGCGAUAGAACUUCCAUCAGGGUUAGACUACAACGAAUGGUUGGCAUCUCAUACAUUAUCAUUUUUUGAUCAUGUCAACCUAAUCUAUGGAACAAUAUCAGAAUUCUGUACAAUGUCUGGCUGCUCAGAUAUGACAGGUCCUUGUAAUAGGCAGUAUCUUUGGUUUGAUGAAAAAGGAAAAAAAUCUAGAUUAGCAGCAACUCAGUAUGUGGAUUAUGUGAUGACAUUUACACAGAAGAUUGUAAAUGACGAAUCCAUAUUUCCCACAAAGUUUGAUAAAGAGUUUCCAGCUUCUUUUGAGUCUAUAGUGAAGAAAAUCCACAGAUUGCUGUUUCAUGUUGUGGCUCAUGUUUACCAUGCUCAUUUCAAGGAAGUAGUUCUCCUUAACUUUCAUGCCCACCUCAACUCUCUCUUCUCUCACUUUAUGCUUUUUAACCAGCAGUUCAAUCUGGUGGAAGAAAAGGAAACUGAAGUUCUUCAUGACUUGGCUGCUGCAAUGAAACUAUAUUCCUCAGGAGAGCAAGAAAUGGAGACCUUGCUUACCAGCAAACACAAUGAAACUGAUUCUUUUGGAUGUGACAAAAGUAUUGACAGUAGAGAACUACCAGAGACUGCAAGUCCAGUGAAACUUGGAACUCCAACAACUUAUAGAUUAAUUACAGAAGAAAGCAAAAGGCCUAUAUCACCUAGUAUUGUAUCCCAGUCUGUAUCUUCUCCCUCAAUAUUAUCAUCCAUAACGGCCUUACGUACACGAGCUAGCUCAGGUGGGCAUUCAAGCUCUAACUCUUGUGCAAUGGACUCUUCAAUGUUUACAGGUUCCUCUUCCAUCACAUCUCCAACAGCAUCUUGCAGAUCUUCACCUGUCAAGUUUCAGUAGCCAUUACCUUAUUAUGUAUACUCUUUAUCACAGAUGUAACCCAUAGCAACAGAUUAGUGUAUAAGUUACUUGUUUUUGUUGAUAGCUCCAUCUGCUGGCAGUUACAUGUAGUAGUUGUAAUUUAGUGUUAAUUUUUAUACCCAGUGCACAAAGUUUUCUUUUAUCAUAUCAAAAUUAUGUAGCUGUACUUCUUUACUGAGAACAGUGCUGAGUGUCAAAAUUUUGCUGAAGAUCUAAAAUAAACAAAUCUUAUCUAUUACAUUGCAUAGCUGUAUACCAUUAUAUGUGGAUUUAAGUGAUUUGGAUAAGCUAUUUCAUCUAGGUUUGUUUUUUUUCAUCUUAAAAUUUAUAC